UGGUUGUUAUCUCUGAUGGGUAAAGCUAAUAAUAAGGCUAUUCUGAGCGUCGAUAGAGAGGCGAUAGCGAGAAAGAGGAGGGAGAAGUCUAAGCAGGUGGAUGAGCUAGUCUUUGACGAGGAAAAGCGGAGGGACUACCUCACUGGCUUCCGCAAGAGAAAGCAGAAGAGGAUAGCAGACAGGAGAGAGAAGGCAGUAGCGAGGGACAAGGAGGCGAAGAAGCAGGAAACGAAGGAGCUGCGUGAGCAUCGGAAGAAAGAGGCACAAUCAAACUACGAGCUCUACGAAUCCCAGUGGCAGAAAGAAGACGCACCAGAGGAAGGAGAAGCUAAAGAGGAAGACAAAGAAUACGAAGACGAUAAAACAUACGCCCAAGUUUCUAUAGUAGAAGAUUUUAAAUUUGAUUGAUUCUUCUCUUCUUGCUCGACAACGAGGAAGCACGAUUAAGGAAAAAUAAUUUAUAGUGUACAUGAUAUACAAUGACUAUGAUAAAUAUUAGAAGGGAUGUUGAAGAUAAAUUCUAUAGAUACAAAAUGCCCCAAUUGACUAUCAAGAUCGAGGGUAAAGGCAACGGUAUAAAGACAGUCUUACCAAAUAUCUCAGAUAUUUCAAAGGCGCUCUCUAGACCUCCAAAUUACCCUACAAAAUUCUUCGGUUUCGAGUUGGGUGCUCAAACCACCCUCGACGAGAAGAAUGACAGGUACAUCCUCAACGGUGCCCAUCAAGUGGAAAGGUUGAGGGAAAUCCUCGACAGCUUCAUCGCCAAGUUCGUCCUCUGUGGCUCUUGCAAGAAUCCAGAGACCGACUUGCAAAUGUCUAAAAACGACGAUAUUAUUAAGGAUUGUAAAGCCUGCGGAAAACGUUCAAGCGUUGAUAUGCGUCACAGAUUGACAACUUACAUCCAAAAGAAUCCUCCACCAAAGAAGAAAAAGGGUCAGGGUGCACACGCUGAAGCCGCAAACAAAGCAACUGAGGAAGUCGAACAGAUGGAGAAUGAUACUCAAGCACAAGAUGAGUUGACCGCUAGAAUCAACGCUGAAAUCAAGGACAUCCCUGUAGCCGAUCAAAGAGCCGACAACGAAUGGAGUGUCGACACCUCAGAAGCCGCCGUCCAAGCAAGAGUUAACCAAUUGGCUGAAGGUGUCACCACCAUUCUCGGUCAAGAUGGUCCUGGCUCUGAUGAUGAUGGUAACGAUGCCCCUGAGUCACAAUUAGCACUUUGGAUCGAAGAGAAGCACGCGGAUGACGAAAACAUCAAGCCAAUCGAUAUUUACAAUAAGGCGAAAGACUUGGGUAUUGAGAACAAACAUAAAGCUCUUCAAGUCGUCGUUCAAUCUGCUUUCACAGAGAACGCUUUCAAGGAGUUAGACGCUAUGAUUCCAGUUUUGUCUAAAAUGUCUCAAAACGGUCAAGAGAAGCACCAAAAGAGUUUGCUUGGUGGUUUAGAAAGACUCGUCGGUCUUAACUACCCUGAACUCCUUCCACAGCUUCCUAAGAUCCUCAUGAAAAUUUACCAAGCUGAUCUCUUGGAGGAAGCCGUUAUUCAACAUUGGGGUACUCACGUUUCAAAGAAGUAUGUUGACAAGGAUGUAUCGAAGAAAGUUAGAGUUUCUGCUAAACCAUUCUUGAAGUGGCUCGAAGAGGCUGAAUCUGAAGACGAAAGUGACUAAGUAUUUAUAGUGUAGACAUGUUGUUUCUUUAUCAUUUAUCUCUCGUAUUAUGACUUCUAAGAUUUGUUAACAUUCU